UGACCAACUAUAUAAACUCAGCUUUUCUCCAUCACUAUCCGCUGCGGUAUCGCCGUGCUGCCCACAAAUCUCCGACUUCGUCUUCGCCAUCGUCGUCGUCCUAAUUUAUCUCUAAUUAUCCCUUAAAAACCCAAAAAAACAAAAAAAAAGCCUCCUUUUUCUCUUUGUUUCCUUCUCUUCAAUCCCUUAUCAGAAAAAUGGCGCAGGUUCAGGCUCAGGCUCAGGCCAAUUCCUCACAUUCAUCUCCGGUUACUGUCGGAGAAGGGACAGUGGCUUCUGGCGGCAGCGACGGAGUGAAUCACGGUGCUAUGUGUUCGCUCUACGUCGGAGAUCUGGAUUUCACUGUGACUGAUUCUCAGCUCUAUGACUAUUUCACCGAUGUUUGUCAGGUCGUAUCUGUUCGUGUUUGCCGUGACGCAGCCACCAAUACUUCUCUUGGAUAUGGUUAUGUCAACUACAGCAAUAGCGAAGAUGCGGAAAAGGCAUUGAAUAAGUUGAACUACACUACUCUCAAUGGGAAGAUGAUUCGGAUUACUUACUCUUCUCGUGACUCUUCUGCUCGUAGAAGUGGGAUUGGAAACUUAUUUGUUAAGAAUUUGGACAAGUCAGUUGACAACAAGACUCUGCACGAGACGUUUUCAGUGUGUGGAAGUAUUGUGUCCUGUAAGGUUGCUACUGAUCACAUGGGUCAGUCCAAGGGGUAUGGUUUUGUGCAGUUUGAGAGUGAGGAUUCAGCUAAAAACGCUAUUGAGAAGCUGAAUGGGAAAAUGCUGAAUGACAAGCAGAUUUUUGUUGGACCUUUUCUCCGGAAGGAGGAAAGAGAGUCUGCUGCUGAUAAGAUGAAGUUUACCAAUGUUUACGUGAAGAAUCUGUCGGAAACCACAACGGAUGAUGAGCUGAAGACGACUUUUGGUCAGUAUGGUAAUAUUUCAAGCGCUGUGGUUAUGAGGGAUGGAGAUGGGAGAUCCAGGUGUUUUGGAUUUGUCAACUUUGAGAAUGCUGAAGAUGCAGCACGUGCUGUUGAGGCCCUCAACGGGAAGAAGUUUGAUGAUAAGGAGUGGUAUGUAGGUAAAGCUCAGAAGAAAUCCGAGAGGGAACUUGAGUUGAGCAGAAGAUAUGAGCAAGGCUCAAGGGAGACAGGAAACAAGUUUGACGGUUUGAAUUUGUAUGUUAAGAAUCUUGAUGAUACUGUCACUGAUGAAAAGUUGCGCGAGCUGUUUGCCGAGUUUGGUACAAUUACUUCCUGCAAGGUUAUGCGAGACCCUAGUGGUACUAGCAAAGGAUCAGGAUUUGUUGCCUUCUCAGCUGCCAGUGAAGCAUCUAGAGUGCUGAACGAAAUGAAUGGUAAAAUGGUUGGUGGCAAACCGUUGUAUGUUGCUCUUGCACAGAGGAAGGAAGAAAGAAGGGCUAAGCUGCAGGCACAGUUUUCCCAAAUGAGACCUGCCUUUAUUCCCGGUAUGGGUCCUCGUAUGCCAAUAUUCCCAGGUGGUGGUCCAGGUAUUGGCCAACAGAUUUUUUACGGUCAAGGGCCUCCACCAAUCAUCCCUCACCAGGCUGGAUUUGGAUAUCAGCCUCAGAUGGUUCCUGGAAUGAGGCCAGGCUUUUACGGCCCGAUGAUGCAGCCAGGUCAGCAAGGUCCACGACCAGGUGGCAGACGGUCAGGUGAUGGACCCAUGCGCCAUCAGCCUCAGCAACCAAUGUCCUUUAUGCAGCCACAGAUGAUGCCAAGAGGACCUGGGUACCGUUACCCUCCUGGUAGAAACAUGCAGGACGGCUCAAUGCCCGGAGGAAUGGUUCCAGUUGCUUAUGACAUGAAUGGAAUGCCUUUUCCUCAGCCUAUGCCCGCUGGUGCAUUGGCUUCUUCCCUUGCUCAAGCCUCACCUGCUCAGCAGAGAACACUUCUAGGUGAGAAUCUAUACCCAUUAGUGGAUCAGAUAGAGCACGAGAACGCUGCCAAAGUGACCGGUAUGCUUCUGGAGAUGGAUCAGACUGAAGUUUUGCAUCUGCUCGAGUCACCGGAGGCUCUAAAUGCUAAAGUUUCAGAAGCAUUGGAUGUGUUGAGAAACGUGAACCAGCAGCAAUCGCAGGUGAGUGAAGGCAAGAGUGGAAGCCCAAGUGAUCUCUUGGCUUCUCUUACCAUUAAUGAUCACUUAUGAGAAGCUUUUUGUCGGAGUUUUACUUUUAACUCUCUCCCUCUCUCUCUCUCUCUCUCUCUCUCUCUCUUGAUUGACAAAAUUUUUGCGGGAAUUGAUUUUGCCUUUUAGACUUUUUUGCUCGAUAUGAUUGUUUCUGUUUUGACUUGACUUGAAAGUAUGGUUUUAUUUUUGUUGGAUAAUCUCUACCUUUGCGAAUUUGCGACUGGUGAAAGUCUUUAAUGAUUGGGGUUUUAUUUAUC